GGAGAAGCAGCGAGACCUGGACGAGCCGCGGCCGGGAUGGGAGCCUCACAGACCCGCCACGCCAGCCAGUACCAGGACCUGGCCACCGAAACGGGCUUUUCACUGGAGCAGAUCAAGAACCUUCACAAACGGUUUCUGCAGCUGAGUGAAAAUGAAGAUACAAUAAGCAGAGACAGUUUGAACAGCCUCCCGGCGCUGGCCAACAACCCCAUCAGGAAGCAGAUAGUGGAGGCCUUCUUUGAUAAAAGAAACCAGCAGGGGAAUGAGCUGGGCUCCAAUGAGGAGAUUAGCUUCCAGCAGUUCCUCUUGGUCAUGUCCCACUUCCGCCCCCCGACUUUGAAAACCACGGAGGAGGAGAAGGAGGCCAUGAGAAGAAAGAAAAUCCGCUUUUUGUUCAACAUGCACGACACAGACGGUGACGGCAUCAUCACUCUGACCGAGUACCGGAAGGCAGUGGAGGAGCUCCUGUCGAAGGCGAGCACCAUCGGUCAGGAGGCUGGCAGGGCGAUCGCCGACGCCGCCAUGUUGGAGGUGGCGAGCAUCAACGUGCCGCACAUGGGCCCCGAUGAUUUCUACGAGGGAAUCACGUUUGAGCAUUUUGAGCAGAUUUUAAAACGCCUGGAGCUGGAGUCCCGGAUGCACAUCCGAUUCCUGGACAUGGACGCCCCGACGAUGCGCUGUGGGAGGGCCGCCACCUGAAGGAUCGUCUUUGUUGGGUUGUUCUGCUGCUGUUUGGGUUUUUUCUAGCAAAAGAUUUUCCGUCCUUAAAAGGGACAAAGACAAACACUUUGAUACCUACUAAUAUAUUUUUAAACACUGAAAUCAUUUGUAAAAUAAUGUAACUACUGUUUUGUUUUGAGAAAACUAAUUCUAAUGAUUGUAAGCUAAUUUUGAAGUUUAGUGUUUUGACUAAAUCAUGAAAGCUG